AUGCUUGCGCAGAGCAGCAUCCCGUUCCGCCGGAAAAGCAAUAAGUCACCAGGGAACCCAGUGGUGCUCAUUCCCGGUGAUGCGGGAAGUCAGCUAGAGGCUAAUUUAACGGGAAAACCGGAGGUGGUGCACUACAUCUGCUCGAAACUGACGCUAGACUACUUUGAUUUGUGGCUGAAUCUGGAGUCUUUUUCACCGGUGGCUAUUGAUUGCUGGGUGGACAAUAUGAAGCUUGUUUACAAUACCACUUCCGGGCUUUCGUCGAAUAUGCCAGGUGUUGAUAUCCGAGUGCCCGGAUUUUCGGCCACCGAAACGAUUGAAUGGUUGGAUCCAAGUAAUGCUUCAACCGGUUCAUACUUUUUCACGCUUGUCGAUAUGAUGGCCCAAUGGGGGUAUAAACGCGGGAAAAGCGUGGUGGCUGCCCCGUAUGAUUGGCGAAAAAGUCCUGUCGAAAACGACGGCUAUUUCGUGCUUUUGAAAUCGUUGAUCGAGUUGACAUACCGGUACAAUCAAAACCAAAAGGUCAUCAUCCUCGCGCACUCGAUGGGCAACCCAGCAAUGUUGUAUUUUUAUAAAAAUUAUGUAGAUCAGGCCUGGAAAGAUAAAUACAUUCAAUCGCACGUGAGCCUGGCUGCGGCGUGGGGUGGCUCGAUGCAGAUCAUCCGGCUUUACGUUUCAGGCUAUAACAUGAACUAUUACCGGAUUAUACUACCGCCUUCAAGCCUGCGCUCUAUGCAACGGUCGUUCACUUCAUCGGCUUUUUUGUUUCCAUCCAAGGCAGUCUGGGGCCCAGAUGAGAUACUUGCAUAUACGGCCGAGAAGAAUUAUACGUUACGAGACGUCAAGGAUCUGUUCUACGAUGCGAAUUACCCCAUGGGAUGGCAGCAAUAUAAGAAACACGCCGAGCUGCUUGGGGAUUUGGAUGCGCCGGGGGUUGAGGUGCACUGUAUCUACGGUCUCGGCGUGCCCACCCCCGACUCGUUCACCUGGGCCAAGGGGUAUUUCCCAGACUACCCUCCACUUGUGACCUAUGGUGAUGGGGAUGGUACGGUGAAUAAGAAGAGCAGCGAGGUCUGCACCAGAUGGAAUGAGGCAAAUAAUCAUGGGAAGAAGGUGAGCGUGCACGUGUUGCCAAACACGGAACACAUGGCCAUCAUGCAAAUGACCAGCCAGAAGAUGAAGUCCUUCGCCAUUCUUGCCAUUGUCGCUGCUGUUGCCUUUGCUCAACACACCCGGCCGACCCCGAACCCGUGCCAAAUCUGUGAAUAUGUCGUUGGCCAGGCUGAGCAUCGCCUCCGCGGACCCAUCGACAAGGGAGAGCUCCAGGUCUUCUUGCUCGCGGAUUGCGAGUCGUUGAGGCGAUUCGAGGGCCAGGCAGCCACCGAUGCCUGCAUCCAAUUGAUCGACACCAAUAUUGACCUCAUCUACAACGACGUCAAGAAUGGCAAGCACGCCCGCGACGUUUGCGUCGACCUGAAGCAGUGC